UCCCUCUCUCUCUACUACAUACACAUGUAUAUAUAAACAUGAUGAUAGUAAAGAUUCUGAAAGCAUGGCUUAAAAAGAGGAGGGAGAUUAAUGGAGUUGCAUCUUGUUUAAGCUGUAAAAACUGGUGUCCAUGGAGAAUCACUCAACCAUCAUCAUCAUCAUCAUCAUCAUCACCAUCCAUACAUGAAGACGAUGAACAUGACUCCAUUCCAAGGGACGUCCCAAAGGGUCAUCUUGUAGUCUACGUUGGUCAAAACCAGAGUAGGUUUGUCAUCAAUGUGAAAUUACUAAAAAACCCUUCAUUCAACGAGUUGUUGGAUCAAGCUCGAGAAGAAUACGACUUCACUGCUGAUUCUAAACUCUACAUCCCUUGUGAUGAGGAAGUCUUCCUCAAAGUUGCUUCAUUGCCACAUGAUCACAAAACCACUUUCUGUUUUUGAAUUUUGUUAGAUUUUUUUUUUUUGUUCAAGAUUUUAGAUUUAGUGUAAAGUAGCAAACCCCAUUUUUGAAGGGAUUCUUGAUGAAAUAAUAAAUUGUGAUUCCUAACAACAAAAUCAUGAAAAGUAACCAUUCCAAU